AUGCAGCCCAAUUUAAAAUAUAAAAGAAAUCAUGAAUAUCGCACCGGUAGGACCAGAGCCCGCCAGAUUGGUCUGUCCUUCUUGCAGAGCCACCAUUGUGAGUCGAGUGGACUACAAUUCUACGACAAGAACACACAUAAUAGCUUGUCUUCUUUUUAUAUUUUUAUGCUGGCCUUGCAUUUGCGUGCCCUAUUGUAUGAA